GAAAUUGUGAGGCUGCAGUAAUCACGACAGCAACGUGAGAACUGAAACAAGAAUUAAGGUUAAAGAAUGUGAUUCUGGUACAUACAAACGAGAAGGGUCACCAAAAAAGUACACAUCGGGGCCCAUCACACACCCUGGCCCACCCACACACCCAAUACUUGUAUCUAUAUCACCACUUUGACUUUGCAUAAACUAGGGCAAACCCCUUUGUUUCUCUGCAAAUUUGAUGAAAAUGGUGAUGGGGGGAGGUGGGCUUGCCAAUGGAGAAGUGUGGAAGGCUCAUACAGCUUUGGCAUUAGUACAAGUAUUGAGUGGUGGAUAUCAUGUGAUUACUAAAGUGGCUCUUAAUGUUGGUGUUAAUCAGCUUGUGUUCUGUCUUCUUAGAGAUCUCAUUGCUCUUUCUAUUCUUGCUCCUGUUGCCUUUUUCAAAGAAAAAAGAAUCAGGCCACCUAUGACUAAGCGCUUCCUCUUGUUAUUCCUCUUUCUUGGUUUUUCUGGGAUAUUUUCAAACCAGCUUUUGUUUCUUAUUGGUCUUGGCUAUACAAAUCCAACCUAUGCUGCAGCCAUACAACCAUCGAUUCCUGUCUUUACAUUCAUAUUGGCUGCUAUCAUGGGUACAGAAACCGUUAAUUUACUCAGAACUGAAGGUCAACUAAAGGUUGGAGGUACACUUGUUUGUGUUUUUGGCGCAAUAUUAAUGGUUAUGUUUCGCGGACCAGCGGUUUUUGGUUACAAAGAUGCAGAGUUUGCAGCACAAAGUGAAAUAAGUGCUAGGGGCCAACCAGAGCCUGCCGGAUGGUUUGUCUAUAGCCUUUCCAACUUUGGGCUGGAUACCUGGCACCUUGGUGUCUUGUGCUUAAUAGGGAAUAGUAUGUGCAUGGCUUCGUAUCUAGCCACUCAGGCCCCAUUAUUAGCCAAAUAUCCUGCAAGUAUAUCUGUGACAGCAUAUGCUUACUCUUUCGGCGUGUUGUUUAUGGUAGUCACAGCGUUCUUUAUGACCAAUCGUUCAACAGACUGGAAUUUGACGCAGUCAGAGAUUCUUGCGGUUUGUUAUGCUGGAAUUGUUGCAUCUGCGCUCAACUAUGGACUUUUGACAUGGUGCAAUAAGGUUGUGGGACCUUCUUUAGUUGCACUAUAUUUUCCCCUCCAACCUGCUGCAUCUGCAUUUCUUUCCAGGAUUUUCCUUGGAAGCCCUAUAUAUUUGGGAAGCAUUCUAGGUGGUUUCUCAAUUAUUGCUGGCCUAUAUCUGGUUACUUGGGUGUCCUAUCGUGAAAAACAGGCAGCGUCGGGCAUUAUUCCUCAUGUUUCUCGGUCAUCAGAUCCUCAUAUUCCCAUGGUGUCUUCUAUUGGAAAGAUUCCUUACCAACUGGGCCACAUAUUCUCGGGGCCACCCAACUCAGUACCAAAGAUCAUGGAUUAAAAAUUAUCAGGGGUAAGUAAUUAUAGUUUUCCGUGUUAAAAUCAACACUCCUGAAGAAUAUCAGUAAAUGCUAAUUACAGAAAAGAAUGUAUGCGGAAAUGAACUUUGUUAAUAUUAGUGGCCAGAGCAAAUCAUAAUAUCUUCUCAUUUUCUCGCUAAA